UAUAUAAAUAAACAGUAUAAUUUUAGUAUUUUCAUAUCUGAAAAUCCAAAACUUUGAAUUUCUUCUUUCUCAAAAUUUUCUAAAUUACAAUAUUUCACCUUCGAUCCUUUCUCGGUCAAUUUAUAUUCUGGCGACGAUGUCGACGGCGAGAGCCGGUAAUGACGAUAGUUCUAAUGGUGUAGAUACGACUCCGUUGCUUACCGAUCAGGUUUUUAGGAGCCGACGGUUGGCGCGCCGGGCCCCGACCCUAAGAGGAGCGGCUCGAUUUCUCCGGCGAGCAAGUAACCACCGACUGAUGCGGGAGCCGUCAAGGCGCGUGAGGGAAGCUGCAGCUGAGCACAUAGAGGAACGUCAAAGCGAUUGGGCAUAUUCUAAACCUAUAGUGAUAUUGGAUCUUAUCUGGAACUUAGCUUUUGUGAUUGUCUCAGUUUCUGUGUUGAUUCUGAGCCAUGAUGAGUUACCUUCUAUGCCUUUGAGGCUUUGGAUUGUUGGAUAUGCUUUACAGUGUUUGCUUCACAUGAUUUGUGUUUGCGUUGAAUAUAGACGCCGAAUUCAGCUUAGCGAUUCCUCUCCAAUUUUGAAUUCCGAGCAGAGAAAUGCUGCUGGAGGUUGGAACAGUUCGAGUUCCGGAAGUGACAGCGGGGAAACUGGUGAUUAUCAGUCUGAGGGGCGUCAGAAUGAGGAUGAAAUUAGUGUUGCUAAGCAUCUGGAAUCUGCAAAUACCAUGUUUUCUUUCAUUUGGUGGAUAAUUGGUUUCUAUUGGAUAUCUGCUGGUGGCGACAGUUUGACCCGUGAUGCACCUCAACUUUACUGGCUGUGUCUCACAUUUCUAGCAUUUGAUGUAUUCUUUGUUGUUAUAUGUGUUGCCGUGGCAUGUCUCAUCGGAAUUGCUGUUUGUUGCUGUCUACCAUGUAUCAUCGCUAUUUUAUAUGCAGUGGCAGACCAGGAAGGAGCAACCAAGGAAGACGUUGAGAGAUUGACUAAAUACAAGUUUCGAAGACUUGGUAAAUUUGAAAAACAAAAUGGCGAGAUUCAAGAAUCAUUUGGAGGAGUAAUGACUGAAUGUGACACUGAUACACCCAUUGAGCAUGUUCUUCCAUUGGAAGAUGCCGAAUGUUGCAUCUGCCUUUGUCCCUAUGAAGAUGGAAUCGAGCUGCGUGAGCUCCCUUGUCGUCACCAUUUUCACUCUGUCUGCAUAGACAAGUGGUUGUACAUGAACGCAACUUGUCCUCUUUGCAAGUUCAAUAUACUUAAAAAUGGCAACCAGAGCAGCAGUGAAGAAGCAUAAGACUGCGUAAUACUGUAAAUGCCUGCCAUCAAAACGAAGAUCUUGUUGUACUUAUGGAUGUUCAUACCAUAUUCCGACUUCUGUAGGUGCUUAUAUUCACCCAUCCUAGCAUUCGCUUCUCUUGUCAUGUUGUAGUGUGUAUUUUUGUGGGCUUACAUGUUUGUAUAACUUUCUUGUAUAUCACGUGUAGAUGUCCAAUUUUAUCUGAGUGAUAUGUAUGAAAUCUCAUAAUCUUGAAGGUAGUGAUAAGCGCACAGAUUUCCUCCUUUCACCUAUUAGGACAGCUUACACUAGUGUCACCCAACUUGUGCAUUUGUGUUUGUAUUGCCAUUGAUCAAUUCUUGAUUUGAUAUAAAAGCUUAAGAUAUUAUUAGA